AUGGGCCAACCCAAAGUCGAACUCAAAAAGGUCGAGAAGGUCGAAUGCGAAAAGGUAGAAAAGAAAAUUGACGGCUCUCACGACAAGGAUGCCCGAAUAUUAGUAGUGAUCAACAACGAGGUGAAGCAUAAGAAGUGCAAAUGCGAGAAAUACCGGUGCAGACAUCACCACCACCACCAUCACCAACACCUUAACCAGGACUAUCGACAUCACACCGAGGAAGUGUGGCGUGAGACGUUUCGUGGUGCGGGUGCACAAUUGGUGCGUUUGGGAGUAACUGUGCUUGUUGUCGGUGUUAUACGUGCAAUUAUUGUGUGA